CUGUCCGUGUCCCUUUCCCCGUCCGUGUCCCUGUCCCCGUGCCAUGGAUGGGGAAGAGGCCGGGGCAUCCCGCGGGUGCGGAGGAUGCGCCGGGAGUGCGCAGGCGGUGCCCGGGGCUGCGGUUCUGCCCUUGGUGCGGUCCGGGAGCUCCUCCAUCUUCCCGCCGGGACUGAAAAAAAUGUGGAUAACGGGAUAACGGGGCUGGGCUGGAGGCCAGGAUGCAGUUCCCGCUGCCCCUGCGUGCAGCCUGCAGCCUGCUGGCCUGGUUCUGCCUCUACAAGUGGUUCUGCCACCGCUACCGGCACCGGAGCCUCGAGUGGAGCUGCAGGCUGGUCACCCUGACCCACGGCAUCCUGGCCACCUGCCUGUCCGCCUACAUCGGCUUCAUCGACGGCCCCUGGCCCCUCAGCCACCCAGGCUCACCCAACACAACCCUUCAGGUGCACGGGCUGUGCCUUAGCUUGGGCUACUUCAUUUUUGACCUGUGCUGGUGCGUGUACUUCCAGACGGAGGGUGCCCUGAUGCUGGCCCACCACCUGGUCAGCAUCGUGGGCAUCGCCGCCUCCUUGGCGCUGGGCGAGUCGGCCGGCGACGUCAACGCCGUCAUCUUCGGCAGCGAGAUCACCAACCCGCUGCUGCAGGCCCGCUGGUUCCUCAAGGAGCUGGGCCGCUACCACAGCUUGGCGGGCGACCUGGUGGAUUUCCUCUUCGUGGUGCUCUUCACGGGCGUGCGCAUCGGCGUGGGGGCCUGGCUGAUGUACUGCGAGCUGGCCUCGCCCCGGCCCCGCUGGUACAUCAAGCUGGGCGGGGUGGUCAUGUACGUGGUGUCCUGGGUGUUCAUGGUGAGCAUCUGCCGCUUCGCCAGGAGGAAGAGCAUCAGCAAGUACCAGGCCUGGAGGAGCCGCAGGAGCCGCGAGCUGGGCUGGAAAACCAACGGGCACCUCAAAGGGCACUGAUGGAGGAUGAGCAGAAUUCCUCGAGUUCACGGGCUGGCAAGGAGGGGAUCGUGCCUGGAAUGCUGCUGGAGGGAGAGGAGCCAACGCACGUUAGCAGAUCUGGAGCCAAAUUUAUCCCUGGCCUAACUCCACUGAAAGCCAUGGAGCUAUGCCAUGGAUUCACUGGGCAGAGCUGGCACGGU